AGGUUGGACCGGCUCCUCCUUUUACUUGAUACAGGAUCAUCUGCCUCAGUGAGGACUACCGCCGCCAAACAACUCGCUCAACUCGCUGCGAAAAGCGUCAUUAGCGAUGUUUGCUCGUUGCUGCAGGUCCUCCCAUUUUUGCACUCUAGAUCUUACGAAACACGAGCAGCUGCUUCUGCUGCACUACUCCACAUAUUCAACUUAGUCCCUCUCUGGCACCCUUUCCAUGAUGACGACCUCGACUCUGACCUUUCAUCUUCAUCCACAUCUCUUCCCCUCCCGGAAUUUCCAACGCUGUCAGUAAAAGAACUCAUGCAAAAAGGGUCUCUCCUUCUUGCCUCGUCUGGCAAGGAAUUUACGAAGCCUCCGGGAAUCUUAGCCAACUCCUCGGAAGUUUCGAAAGCUCGUAAAGAAGCUAUCCGUCGCCUUGGACUUGAGUUUUUGGACACGGAGGAUAUCAACUUCGUGAAACUGGAAAAUGAAGUCGACACCGACGUGCAGAUGGAAGAUGCAACGGAAGCAGCGUCUUCUGCCGUCUCACCGAUCUCACCGACGAACGAUGUGGGUCCCAAGCUGAAAGAACCCUCGCCUCCGCCUCGGUCUACGUCUGGCACUCCUGCAGCAUCGUCUCCGUCGACGUCAGCUGUACCUCCACCACCGACCGAAGAUGACUUGACUGGUCUUUCGGCUCGAGAGCGCAACCGGUUGAAAAGAAAGCGCAAACAGGGCAACAGUGCGUUUGUUGCUGCCCCCCCGCCACCUUCACAUCCAGGGGCCAGAGUCCAAGCUACCCCUGCAGGGCUAGCGCGUCUUGUAGCGGUUGAAGACAAGCCAGUGACUUCCUCCAGAGCAGACAGCCCCAAACCUACUCCGAGUACAGACAAGGUGGUCGUCGAUCCUACUAAAGGCGGCGCUGUAUCGCCCAAAGCUUCUGGUCAAGAAUCAAAGGCCCUCGAAGUGCCACCUGGGCAUUGGAUAUGGGACGGUCUUGUCAAGGUCCUUGAGGUUGAUCUUUUUAGUGCUGCAUGGGAGGUUCGCCAUGGCGCCGCUAUGGCGCUGAGAGAGUUGCUCAAGACUCAGGGAAAAUACGGCGGUACGAAAGCUGAUUUCUCACGAGACGAGAACGAGACUGCGCAUGAACGAUGGUGUAACGACUUGGCUGCCAAACUGUUAUGCGUGUUUUGCCUAGAUCGCUUUGGUGAUUUUGUCUCUGACCAAGUUGUAGCGCCUGUACGUGAAAUUGUUUCGCAGACACUAGCCUCCCUACUACUUCAUAUGCCUCGACGUUCAGUGCUGCAUGUGCACCGUGUUCUCUUACAAAUGAUCCGCCAAGAUUUCACUCUAUCGUCCCAAAACACAGAUAUACCCCGUCAACAGGGUGCUCAUGAAAAGGGACAUGUCUGGGAAGUCCGACACGCUGGCUUGUUGGGAAUCAAGUACGAGGUCGCUGUGCGCAGCGAUGUUGUGGCACCUAGUGCCUUCGUCUACAGUGGCAGGGAGAUUCUACAAGACGUUGUUGACGCCGCUAUUCUUGGCCUAGGCGAUCGAGAUGACGAUGUCCGUUCAGUGGCAGCAUCGUGUCUGAUUCCGGUAGCAACUCACCUCGUUCGACAAAUACCGGAGUGUCUGAGUUCCGUUCUCGCGGUUCUCUGGAACUGUCUGCGUGACAUGAAAGACGACUUGAGCUCAAGCGUAGGAAUGGUUAUGGAUCUUUUAGGCAAGCUUGUCUCCUACCGCGAAGUGAUCGACAUUCUGGCCAACGAAUCUGCUUCGCGACCGCUGACUGUGCUUGCGCCUACCCUAUUCCCGUUUUUUCGCCAUACGAUUCCCAGUGUCCGCCUAGCUGUAGUUGAAAUGCUCCACUCUUUCAUGAAUGUGCAGACCUUACCGAAGGAUUGGGUCACAAUCCCGCUUCUGCGUCUGCUUUUCCAGAAUUUGAUAGUUGAAGAGCGGACGGACGUUCGGAAUGCCACGACCGCAACAUGGAAAACUACCAUGACUCUACUACAAUCUGUUCAAGGCUGGAUGGAGUCACUGGUGCCGCAAGCCCAGUUGCUGGAGUGGUUCGCCAUCAUGAUGACUCCGAUGGGUGUUGCUAUCGAUCCUGCAGCUCUUUACGACCCUCUUCAGAUUGAGGGCGGAAUCGAUAAUGCUACAGAACGACAUAACGUGGACAAGAAUAUGCUUGCUCAGGAUCUCACGCUGGUCACGCAGGAUGUGGUCUGGAGAGCGAGGAUUGCGUCUGCGAAUGCCUUGGCCUGCCUCAUGUCCCGUUGGGGCUCUCCGGGCCAACUGGUCGAUGACACGUUCCAACCAAUUCUUCUACAUUACAUCGACUCUGCCAGCAUGCUCCAGAAAGUGCUCACUGCUAUAGUCACAGAGGAAUGGGCGAGACAGUGUGACGCACACGGAAUUCCACAACAUCUGGUCGAAAUAUCCUCACUAGCUCGCGACCUGAGUGACAAGACUCUAGCAUGGUUACAAACCGAUCCACCCACAGCCUAUCACGAGAUGGCCUUUACUCUGGCACGCAUUCAUGGCGAGUGCUCAACUCUUCUACAAUCCUUUGGCCACGAGUGCAAGAUCCCAUGGUCAAAUAUCCCCACAUUGGCUUUGGAGAUUGAUCCCACGGGUAUGAAACCGGGAUGCUUCUCAUUAGCGACAGCCGAAGAAGCCGUAGGAGAUAUUUUCAAGAAGUUGAAAGACAGCCUUGGUAGGACGAAGAAGCGGGAGCUGGGGGUCAUUGCUGAAAAGAGAAAGGCUGUUGUCACCAGCAUCGAGCGGUAUAAGGAAGUGAAGUCACAGCAUGACAUUCGUGUAUCUGCGGCCUUUGCUGCCGCAUUUGUUGCUUUGAAGAGUACUCCGGACAAGGUCAGCCCUAUCGUCAAGGGGGUCAUGAACGGAAUCAAGAAUGAAGAGAACAUUGACCUUCAGACUCGUUCUGCGGUGGCUGUCGCUUCCUUCAUCGAGUUCUGUGCCCAUCACAACCUCGCUCAGCCUCCAGACAAAAUUGUCAAGAAUCUUUGUACAUUCUUAUGUCAGGACGAUGAACGAACGCCUACAUUCGCUUAUAAUCGCAAACACUUGUCAGCAAUCUUGUCAUUUCCCACUUCGUCAAGUGCAAAUGACACUGGUCCGAAAGAGGAGUACAAGGCUGAGAGCGCUCACAAAGCAAAGAUCUCAAGGCGGGGUGCAGGGCUUGCGUUCGUACAACUGUUGGCACGCUUUGGGCCUAGGAUGCUAGACACCGUGCCAAAAAUGUGGCAGUCGAUGGCCGGCGGGCUUCUCAGCGCAUGUGAUGCUCAAUUGCCAGAGGAGGCGGACCGACUCAUCGAACAGCAAUAUGGCCAAGAUGUUAUUGAUUCUUUGAGUGUCUUGGAAGCUGUUGUACCGACGCUGCAUGAAGACUUAUGGCCCAAGAUCAGAGAGCUCUUCCCUAUGAUGACAAUUGCUUUGCGGAGUCGCUUCGCAAUAAUUCGACAAUCUGUUGCUCGAUGUUUCGCGACAAUAUGCGACGUCAUGACGGUUGACGCAAUGCGCUACCUGAUUGAGAACGUUAUUCCCUUCUUGAACGACACUCUCAUCCUAUCUAAUCGACAAGGUGCCACUGAACUUCUAUACAACGUUGUUCAGAAACUUGACGAUAAGGCUCUGCCGUAUGUCAUCUUCAUGGUCGUACCUAUCCUUGGGCGUAUGAGCGACCCUGACGACGAUGUUCGAUCGACGGCUACUAACACAUUUGCCUCACUCGUGAAGAUGGUUCCACUAGAGGUUGGACUGCCUUCUCCUCCGGGCUUCCCGGAAGAACUACUGAGGCGUCGUGACAAAGAGCGCCAGUUCCUCACUCAAUUGCUUGACGGAAGCAAGGUCGAGCAUUACGAGAUUCCUGUGCCAAUCAAGGCCGAGUUACGCAAGUAUCAGCAGGACGGUGUCAAUUGGUUAGCGUUCCUCGCUAAGUACCAACUACACGGCGUUCUUUGCGACGAUAUGGGUCUCGGAAAGACUUUACAGUCUAUUUGCAUUCUAGCAAGCAAGCACCACGAACGUUCCAAGCGGUAUCAAGAAACAAAAUCCGCUGAUUCCGUCCACCUCCCUUCGCUGAUCAUCUGCCCUCCGACGCUGACCGGACACUGGUACUACGAGAUCCUCAAAUAUGUCGAUAAUCUGAAGCCUGUCAUGUACACUGGUAAUGCUCGGGAACGAAGCAAGCUGCUCACAAAGCUCAAGAACUACGAUGUGGUCAUCACGUCGUAUGAGGUGGUUAGGAACGAUAUCAGCAGCCUUCAAGGGAGAAGUUGGCAUUACUGUGUUCUUGAUGAAGGCCAUUAUAUCAAAAAUGCGAAGACCAAGAUAUCCAAGGCUAUUAAAAGCAUCCGUGCGCAACAUCGCCUGGUGCUCUCGGGAACGCCGAUCCAGAACAGCGUUCUGGAAUUGUGGAACUUGUUCGAUUUCUUGAUGCCCGGUUUCCUCGGUACAGAGGGGUCUUUCAACGAGCGAUUUAGCAAGCCCAUCAUAGCCAACCGGGAUGGCAAAGCCAAGAAUCCUGAAGCUGCCGUGCUGGCGUUGGAAGCUCUACACAAGCAUGUGUUACCGUUCCUCCUCCGUCGUCUGAAAGAAGAUGUUCUCCAUGAUUUGCCGCCAAAGAUCAUCCAGGACUAUUUCUGCGAACUUUCCGAUGUUCAAAAGCAACUCUACGACGAUUUUUCUCAAUCGCAGGCGCGCGCUAAUGCUGAAGACGCUGUCAAAGCCGCUCAGGUGACGUCGGGCGAGAAAAAAGAACAGCAGCACGUUUUUCAGUCACUUCAGUAUCUACGCAAGCUGUGCAAUCACCCGGCUCUUGUCCUCAAGAACAAUGCGGAGGCCACCAAAGCAGCAUUCGAAAAAGCUGGGCUCAAGCCUGAAAGCUCAAAUUUAAGCGAUAUACAACAUGCUCCCAAGCUAUUAGCCCUACGACAAUUGCUCGUCGAUUGUGGUAUCGGGGGAUCUCCCACUAUCGCUGCAGAUACAGCCAAAAGCGAACUUGCAGACGCAGAACCGACCGCCACAGACUCAUUCUCCCAGCAUCGCGUGCUGAUCUUUUGUCAGAUGAAGCAAAUGUUGGACAUCAUCGAGACAGAUCUAUUCAAGAAGCACCUUCCUUCCGUGACAUACAUGCGACUGGACGGAAGCACGGACACGAACAAGCGUCAUGCUGUCGUUCAGACAUUCAAUUCCGACCCCAGUAUCGACUGUCUUCUGCUCACGACUCACGUCGGUGGACUGGGACUCACGUUGACCGGCGCCGAUACUGUGAUAUUCGUAGAGCAUGAUUGGAAUCCCAUGAAGGAUCUUCAAGCGAUGGAUCGCGCACAUCGUAUCGGGCAAAAGAAGGUUGUUAACGUGUAUCGGUUGAUCACCAAGGGUACGCUGGAGGAGAAAAUCAUGGGUCUACAAAGAUUCAAGUUGAAUAUCGCGAACUCUGUCGUGACGCAGCAAAACGCAGGUCUAGAUACGAUGGACACGGACUUGGUCCUCGAUCUUUUCAAGCACACCACAGAACAUGAAGAGCUCUCCCAUCAGCGAAGGGAGAAGAGGAAGGAAAAGGAGCACGCUCUUGGGAACAGCAAGAACAUCCUCGACGGAUUGGAGGACUUGCCCACUGAAGAAGAGUACCAGGACCUAGAGCUGUCCAGCUUCAUGAGUUCCAUUGGACGUUGAUCGUGGGUGUUUUCUGUUAUGUUUAUUCUCUUGCAACUUCAUUCAGUAUGUUACAUCGCGUAGACCGUUCUACUGUAUCUUUACAGCUGCCUAUAAUUACUUCACAAGGACAGUACAUAGUUGUGCAAUAGGAUCAUAUAUCACAACAACGGAAUGUAUGAACUUCUUCCAUAU